UGCUGUCGUAAUCAUAGAGAGAAGCCCAGGUCGUGGAGGUCAAGCGCACACCCACAGGCGUCAGAACUCACAAGGACAUAGCGUAACGUCAUAAUCCAGUUUCAAAAACAAUCCGUCAGCUUUUGCGAAACCUCUCGAACACAUACAGCUUUUGCGAAACCUCUCGAACGCCAUAACCCAGUUUCAAAAACAAUCCGUCAGCUUUCUCGCUCUAUCUGCGCCCUGCUCUGCUCGGUAUCAUCGCCAGCAAAUCACCCCCUAUCAUCCGAGUUUUGCUAGAUUGUCUCCACAGGGUCUCAUUAAUUAUGAUCAGUCUAUACGGUGGGCGCUAUAAUGUGGUAUCCCACGGAUUUCAAUGGGAAAAUAUCUGUUAAGGGAGUGUUAUUCGCACUCCCUAUCGUCCUCCUGUAUUCCAGCGCAGGAUUGGUGUGGCAGAGUGCUUAGUAAAAGUCAAAGAAAAUUUCAUAUAUCAGCAGAUAAAUUAUGAUUACUAUGGAGUUGGAAUUGAGGCUCUAUUGAGUUCGGCUGAGUGGAUUCGUUGAAACGAAGAAGGGAGUAUCUGUAAUGCUUUCUCAUUAAUUGGAGACUGAGCUCUGGUCUAUUCUAGUAUUUGAUCAAUAGUGUGUACAUAUUGUUUAUACAUUUCUAGUUUAUCUGUUGUGAAGGUUAUGCAAUUGCCUAUGUUUGCUACUUCAUCCAUUGUUGGUUUGUUCUUGAGGUCACUCUUGUUUCUCUUGUCAGGCUGCCAAGUUAAUUUAUCUUUAGGGAAAAUGGGUGUCAAAUUUCUCAAAAUUCCUGUAACGCAGACGGAUUGUUCAAUUCAAGUAUCUGGUUGCAGUCCCUAACUUUUGUAAUAAUAUAUUUGUAUUUAUCACCAGUCACUGGUCUUAUUAUCUUUGAAAGCUUCUGGCUACUUCGAAUUUUUUGUUUGUUUUUUUUGUUUUCACUAAUGCAGCUACCUGCAUUUCAGGGCUCUGUGAAUCCCAUUGAACUUUGUUGUGGCCAUAGGGAUUAUUAGACAAGGAUGUCUGGGAGACGAAAAAUUCCGUCGUCUUUUGAGCGACGUCCCAUUCAAUCUCCAGGUAUGAUGCGGCAUGGUCCAUUGCCUGGGUUAGGGCCACCUCCUGGUCACCGACCAUUUGAGGCACUACCACGUCCUGAACUUUUGGAAAAUAAAAUUGCAUAUCAAGCAGCAGAGAUAAAACAACUGACAGGAGACAAUCAUAGACUGGCGGCUACUCAUGUUGAUUUGAGGCAGGAUCUUUUAGCUGCUGAGGAGGAUCUACAGAGACUCAAGGCACACAUGAGAAGCAUCCAGACUGAGAGUGACAUUCAGAUGCGGGGUUUGCUUGAUAAGAUUGCAAAAAGGGAAGCAGACAUCGAAGCUGGCGAGGGUGUGAAAAAGGAACUGCAAAAGGCUCACAUGGAGGCACAGACCUUGGUCGCAGCGCGACAAGAGCUGACCAUUCAAAUUCGGAAGGCCACGGAGGAGUUGCAGAAAGCUCGUCUUGAUGUUGAGAAACUACCGGGUUUGCAUGCUGAACUUGACAGUCUGAGGCGAGAACACCAUAGGCUGCGUUCAACUUUUGAAUACGAAAAGGGUUUAAACGUAGAGGAAGUGGAGCAAAUGAAAGCAAUGGAGAAGAAUCUAAUUGGGAUGGCAAGAGAAGUAGAAAGGUUGCGUGACGAGGUCUCAAAUGCAGAGAAGAGAGUCCAUGGUGCUGGUGUGUAUUUUGAUGGUUAUGGAAGGCCCUAUGUUUCAACCGGUGUUAGACCACCAGGAGAGGGAACAAUACCAUAUGCCAGCAGCAGUGGCAUAGCUGCUGGUGCAGUUGUCCCAACUGCUGGUGGUGGUGCUAUUUGGGGAGCAGCAUAUGAUCCCUCACUGGACACUGCUGCUGCGGGCGUAGCUGUCUCUAAUGCUGGGCUUGGAUCUGCUCCAAGAGGCUAUGAUUCUACGCUUUCUCGGUAGCGAAUACAGGAUGAGGCCUGAGGUUUUCAGGGCUUUAGGCGAACUAUUAAAAUGGAGCGUAUAUUUACUCACAUAAGAAAAUAUGUUUGGCAUUUUAGAGGGAUUUUUCAUUUUUUUGUUUGUUUUUGUUUGUGUAGUAAAUCACAUGAAACUUUUGCCAUAUAGGAUUAUUAAGCAUUUAAAUGAUGGGUGUAAUCCAAUGUGAGAAGACCGAAGUACUUGUUAUGCUUACUUACCUGAGCAUGUUCGAAGAAGACCAAAAAUGCAUGUGCCUUUGGUUUUAUUACCUUUUUUUUUCUCUCUA